CCACUGGUCCCGCAGUGCCCUUCUCUCAGCCAUGGCCCCCCUCCCCAAUGCCAACAACCUCAAGGUUGCCGCCGUCGUCGGCUUUUACAUGUCCGCAGCUCUAGUGAUGGUCUUCGUUAACAAAGCUGUACUGAAUAACUCACCCGAUUUACCUCUGCUCUUCCUGUUCAUCCAGUUACUCAUUGCAGUCGCGUUACUUCACGUUUCUGCUCUGGUAUCCACCAAGAUCCAAUUACCAAAGCUUGACCCAAUUGUUGCCAAAAAGCUGAUUCCGGUCGUCUCUAUAAACAUUAUCGGUCUUGUUUUCAACACCUUGUGCUUGCGAGAUGUAGAGGCGUCUUUUUUCCAGAUAGCACGGGGACUUCAACUUCCCUUGACUAUUCUCGUUUCAUCAGUAAACACUCGCUCAACUCCAUCAAGGAAAGUCAUCACGGCCGCCGUGAUCGUGACCUGUGGCUUCUUUCUGGGUGUUGCCCCCUCCAAGUCCGUUCCUGUAAUGGCUGCUCCGUCCCUGAUCUCCCUCUUUUACGGCUUCCUCUCCUCCUUGUUUAUCGCGUUCCAUGCCGUCCUUAUCAAGAGUUCGUUGCCUCAUUGCAAUAAUUCCACGAUCGAACUUGCCUGGUGGACGAAUGUAGGGUCGGCAGUUAUGCUGUUCCCAUUUGUCAUCUUAAACGGCGAGCCAUGGCGUCUACAAGAGCUGAUGCAAAGCAGCGAAUGGACCGGAACCGUGUUUAUGUGGGGUUGUGUGGUAACGGGUCUCUUCGGGUUCUUACUCUGUGUCGCUGGCCUGCUCAGCAUCAAAGUUACGAGCCCUAUCACUCAUAUGUUUUCAAGUGCCGCUCGUUCGGUACUGCAAACGCUCCUUGGAGUCUGGAUCUUUAAUGACCUUCUCACUGUCAACCGUGCCUCAUCCAUUCUCGUCAUCCUCGGCGGAACGAUGUUUUAUACUUGGGUUAAAUCAACCGAAUCGGCACCACGGCCGGCACCGCAGACCCAGUCUCAGCGUCAAGAUGUUGAUCUUGAAACGCUGGAACGCGGGGAUAGGACGCCGAAAGAUGACGAAGAGAGCGUUGUACUGUGGCAAGUACCCGAGAAGGAGGAAAAAGCGUCGUCUUCUUAGAUGGAUGAACUGUCGUGCUAGGUUUAUCCGAUGGACAUUGUAUAUAGCAAGUAGCACAGGCAAGUAUAUCCGAACU